AUGAAAGCUCUUGUCGAGGCUGUAUUGUCAGUUGUCACUAUUGCUGUGGCUGGUGAUUCAACGAUUGCCGCAUGGGUGCAAGAAGACGAGGGUGUCGAGGAAGUUCCCGGCACCGAGGGAGGCUCUGACGCCGCGGCACCGGGUGGUGCCUGGUUGGCCUCCCUGGGUGCCAGUGGCGAUGCCCAGGAAGAUGCACAAAAUGAGCAACCUGCAGCUCCUGCCGAAAUCGACUGGCUGGCCUCGUUGAAGGGCAAGCGGGUGCCGGCACUUGCAGAGGCACCCAGCAAGGCCGCCAAGCGCCCGAAGAGGAAGGAUGAUGGUCGAGCAUUGGACAUUCCGCCAUUCUGGCGCACCGCGUCGAUUGAAGAGCUCAGCGAGUCGCUGCAGAGUCUCCGCGAACGGAUGCUCCCGAGGAUUCGGAAGAUGGCGAAAGACGCUCGAAGGGAAGAUCAGAAGCGCGGUGGCCACUUGAAACCUCGGACCGCUGCUCUCAACCGUGUGUGA